CCGGCCGCCAUGUUGUACGAAAGACGCAUGGCUCCCUUUUCAUAUCACGUGAUACAAUAAGCAGACGACGUCGUAUUUAGAUUUAGACGUUGCUUCCAUUUUUAACUGUUUUGGUUUCUCGACGUUGGCGCUACUGGAUUGGUGAGAAGUAUACUUGCAUGAGUAAUUCAUCUAUGAGUCUUCUCUCUUCUGGAUUUUCUCGUCGCGCUCUUUGUUACCAUGCAUUGACUGUAUAGGAAAUAAUAGGAAAGGUCUAUCUAUGAGUAUAAUAUUUAUGGUUUUUGUGUACUUAUGACACCAACAGAGUUCAAAUCGGGAAGUAUAAGGAAAUAGAGAAUAGAGAUACUAUGAUACAUACGAUACUGGUAUUAAAAUACGAUAUCAACGAUUUGAUUAUAGGAAAAAAUAGUUCAUCACUCGUAUUCUGAUGUUAACCCUGAUUAAAAUGUAUUCCAGUCUUUUCUGAUACAAGUACUUAAAUAUCCUUUUAACGACUUAUGUCGGCUUAUGUUAAUCAAGAGCAUCGCUGUACCUUAGGAAUUUCGUAUUCUUUUCGUUAUUUCGUAUAACUUAUUCAUAAAUAGGUAGAGAUAUGAUAGAGAUAGGGUAUGAUUAAACAUUUACCACUAUGUAUUCGCGAAGAUACAUAUCGAUACAUGGUUCAAAUCGAAUUCGGAGCAUUCUGUGUUUAUUACAUUCAAAUCGAUGAUAUUGCUUUGUGUAAAUUGUUUACAAAUAACGUCAACAUAUGAGCAUUUCUGACAAUAAAGUUAUAGAAAUUAUAUUCCAAUAUGUACGUUAAGCACACGAAAAUACUGUGAUAACGAAGCUGAGAAGUUCCAAGGGCACAGUUACAUGAAGACAACUUUUAAAAGACAUUUGAUGCGAUAAAUGAUGCCUGCGAAGAAUGUAGUUGAUUGGACAACCAACGACGUUGGUGUUUGGCUUACAGAAAAUAAACAUUUAAGUUUCUUGUCUUUAUUUAAAAAGCACGAUAUAGAUGGAAAGGUACUCCUAACUUUAAAAGAAGAAGAUUUAAAAUCCGCAGCAACACAAGCAAAUAAAACGAUAGGAGACUUAAAAAGAUUGUGUAUAAGUAUUAAACAAUUACAAAGAGACAACGUCGCGAUGUUGUUCGAGUUGGGAUGUGUCGAUUUGUUUACAUCACCGCACUUUUAUGGCCAUCACAAACACGAAAUGCCUAGCACUGGUACAAAUAAUGAAGGUUCCAUAGAGAAUGAAUUUUAUUCAGCUUCGGUAUCGGAAGAUGGACAUGCAUCUCACUUGCCACCUGAAAUAUGGAAAACCUUUAUUAGUUUGGCAUAUUUAUUUAUUGUUACUUGGAUUACUGCCUUUGUAAUGGUAAUAGUACACGAUCGAGUGCCAGAUAUGAAAAAGUACCCACCUUUGCCAGAUAUAUUUUUGGAUAACGUUCCUCAUAUCCCAUGGGCGUUCGACAUGUGCGAAGUUACUGGCACUAUACUUUUCGCCAUUUGGCUUAUUGUUCUUAUUUUUCACAAGUAUAGAUUUAUCUUAUUACGAAGAUUUUUCGCCCUCUUUGGUACAGUCUUCUUAUUGCGAUGCGUUACAAUGCUCAUUACAUCUCUCUCUGUACCUGGUGCACAUUUACAAUGCCAACCACGUAAGAUGCCAGACGAAGGUUGGACUAGUCCUGCAUAUGUGGAAUUAUAUAAUAAGAUCGCAAUGGCUUACGUUAUCUGGCGUGGUGCCGGUAUGUCCAUACAAGGUGUUAGAACUUGCGGCGACUACAUGUUUAGCGGGCAUACGGUCACAUUAACCAUGUUGAAUUUUUUUAUCACUGAAUAUACUCCAAGACAGCUCUACUUUCUGCAUACUUUUACAUGGAUGCUUAAUAUGUUUGGUAUUUUUUUCAUCUUGGCCGCUCACGAACAUUAUUCCAUCGAUGUGUUUGUAGCGUUUUAUAUAACUUCGCGAUUAUUUUUAUAUUAUCAUACCUUGGCCAAUAAUCAAGCACUGAUGCAACGUGACUCGAAUAGAACUAGAAUAUGGUUUCCACUUUUUAGUUUCUUCGAAUCUUCUGUCGAUGGAAUCGUACCAAACGAAUAUGAGUCUCCAUCAUUAAUCAUUUAUAAUCUAGUUUGUAGAGGGAAAGAUAUUUGCAACUUUAUACGAUCGUUUAUUUAUUUUCGAAAGCCGCGGAGUAACGUAAAUGGUAACAUAAACAGCACAAGAAAGGAACAUUAACAAUUUUAAUGUUUUGUCAAAAUUGGUUAACGUGUUGAAGUUUGUCAAUAUAAAAUCAAAUGGAAAUAUUUAAUUUUUAUGAAAUUAACAACUCGAAGAUGAUUUAUCUUUUAUCAAAUCGAUAAAGUGGAUGCACUGAUUUUUCACUUGUAAAUAUCUUUAAAGUGCGUCAAUCUAAUCACAUUUAAAAAGUAUUUCUUUUAAUUAAUACCAUAUUAAUUGUUGGCUGUUACUUUAUAUUAAUUCGGCAUCUAAAAUAACAUUCAUUGUUCUAUCAUUAUUAUCUAUAUAUUGAAUUAUUACGUUUUAUUUGGUAACUUUACAUUUUUUGUUCAAGCGAGAGUACAAUUUAUAAAAAAAAUGCUUUAUUUUAGAAACUCAAAAUUUUAUGAAUAAAUUCUAUGAAAAUAUUAUAAUAUGAAAAAGAGAAGGAGGAGAGGCAGGGUGCACAAUUUUGUUAACGCAUUAAUAAUUCUUCCAUCGUUUAUAUUAAUUCGAUAAAUUUGUAUCAAUGGAAAUUCGAAAAAUUUAAUUGGACGACUAACGAUUCAUUUGUUUCAUUAUCUGUUAGGAAAAAAAGAAAUGAACAAACAAAAAAAAAAUAAAAAAUAAAAGAAAAAAGCAAAAAAAAAGAAAGUGACAUAAUUAACGUAAGAACAUGGUGGAGCUUCGUAACGUAUUAGUAUGAAAUGCAAUUGAGAUAAAUGACGGGAUUGUACAAAGUACCGAUACUAUACUAGAGUUUAUACACAUAGAUUGUUUUAUACGAAAGGAUGUAGAAGAGAAUUGUGUGAUAGUAAGAAUUACACGCGCGCGCGCGCGUGUGUGUAUUGUAUAUAUGUAUAUAUACAUAUGUAUGUGUGUGUGUGUGUAUAUACAUAUAUAUAUAUAUAUAUACACACAUACUUAUAUGUAUGUACAUUUCUAUUGUACCGUAAAUCGUAUCAAGAAGGUAAUUAAUAAUUUAUCGUUAUAUAUAAUUGAUUGAUUAUUAUCAAUUAUAGGGCAUUUAGGACACGAAGAUGCAACCGGUAGUAAAUUGAAGGGUACUGCUGUUGGCUGGCCUGAUUUAUUGAUAGAUAAAAAGAAUAGAACUUGAACUAAGUGAUUUAUAAAGAUCGCGUCGAUAUAUUUUUUUACGUUUUAAAGAGAAAAAAGAAAAUAGAAAAAAUUUUGUUCUUUAAUUAAAGCAAAUAACGUAUAUUCGUUAAGUAAUUUUACUAUUCCUUCUAGAAAGUAAUCGGAAUGGCAGGCAACGGGCUGUCUUAUCUGGGCCUAAUCGUAGCUUUUAUACCAUUACAGAUUCAUUACGACAUGCGGGUUACAGUUUGACCAAUAUUAUUACAAAUAUGUAUAAACGUUACAUCGUAACGAGACAUACAAGCACACAGAUUUGUACGAUUAUGCAAGUAUGAAUAUAGGAGUUAAUCAAAGAGGCUAUUCGUAAACGAAAAUAACAUUUUAUAUUUAAGUUUUGCUAUCGAGUCGUGCACGAAACGUGGAACGUGCGUGUCUAUAUACACGGACGUUAAUAUACAUAUAUAUGUAGAUAUUUAAUAUAUCGUUAAUUACGUAUAUAUGUAUUGAUAGAAUUAAAAGUGCAGUAAAUGGCGCAUCAGAGACAGCAGCGCGAGUUUUGACAGAUAUAAUGCCAACUUUUUUAUUUAUUAAAUAGAUCGUUAUUUUUUGUAUAAAAGUUAUAUCGAUAAGAAAGGACUGAAAUAUCUCAUCGUAUAUUUUAUUCGUUAUCAUCGUUGGUCUGAACUUUAUUUAAACACACAUACGUCUUGCGUUAAAUUCAUAUGAAUAAAAUAUAUAUACUUAUAUAUUUCAGUUUUGUAUAGGUACAUCUUCGUAAAACUGAAGAAGAACGCAAAUACCAAAGUACUCGUUAAAUCAUUAUUUUGUCGUUUUGAAAAAGAAAGAGAAAUAUAUCAUCAAUGCAUAGUACGUACGUCGUAAGCAUUACGAAAUAGAAAAGGAAUAAUGUGAGAAAUAUAGAAGGAAUAAUAUAUGUAUAUAAAUAUAGGUUGUGAAAAUACAAUAUUCGAAUUUCGCAGGGCACGCCUGCGAACCAAGGGGUUCCGAUAUUUCCAUAAUUUUCAUUUUCAAACGAAUAUAUGUAUAUACGUAUAAAUAUAGAUGUAUAAUUUUCUAUAAAUAAUUUUAAUACAAGGUACAUAGAAUUUAAGUGAGAUUUUCUUGUUCUCAUGAUAACGAUAUUUUCACGAUGUUUUCACGAUAUUUUCACGACAUUUUCACGAUCGGGCGAGUUAGAUUUUAUAACGUUGUCGAAUGUUGGAAUAAAGACUACUUUUCAAAAAU